GCCGACUUCGCCUAGCUGUCCGCGGCGGAGCAGCGGGAUCGGGACUGGCUUGGAGGAGGUGUUCCCUGCCGAGACAGGUUACAGAAUUCAGCUACAAUGGGGAAUGUUUUUGAAAAGCUGUUUAAAAGUCUAUUUGGGAAAAAGGAAAUGCGGAUUCUCAUGGUGGGCUUGGAUGCAGCUGGCAAAACCACCAUCUUGUACAAAUUGAAGCUGGGAGAGAUUGUGACAACCAUUCCUACCAUAGGUUUCAAUGUGGAGACAGUAGAAUAUAAAAAUAUCAGCUUCACAGUCUGGGAUGUUGGUGGCCAGGACAAAAUCAGACCUUUGUGGCGACAUUAUUUCCAGAACACUCAAGGUCUGAUUUUCGUGGUUGACAGUAAUGACAGAGAGCGGGUCAAUGAGGCCCGGGAAGAACUAACCAGAAUGUUAGCAGAAGACGAACUCAGAGAUGCAGUUUUAUUGGUGUUUGUAAACAAACAGGAUCUUCCUAAUGCUAUGAACGCAGCAGAGAUCACAGACAAGCUUGGCUUACAUUCCCUUCGCCAGAGAAACUGGUACAUUCAAGCUACCUGUGCCACCAGUGGAGAUGGGCUUUAUGAAGGCCUGGACUGGCUCUCCAACCAGCUCAAAAACCAGAAGUGAUCAGAAGCAACCCCUUCCCCAUGCAUUGUGGCAAAGCCAGCUGGCCUUUCCUGUGUGCAUGUGAGCGUGUGAAGAGCCCUUGGGGCUGUGCGGCUGGGAGUGGGGGCAGCUUUCUCACACCGUGCCUUAAACACGCUGUACAAAAACCAGGACUCCAUUUUAAGAAAACCAGUGUUACAUUUGAAUGCUACCUUCCAUUUCACUAGCUUUGAUGGUCAUUUUUGCUGAGGCCCCCCCUGGAUGUGAUAGUCAGAGUGUCUCUAGGCUGGAAAAGAAGAGAGCUGGAGCAGGACAUGGUCCCAUUCUUGCGAUCCUGGGUCUGGCAUCCUCCACGCACCUGGAAUUCCGUUGGACUUCAGUGUCCUUCUGUAAAAAGAAAGGAAGGACCUGUCAUUCUUGCCCUUCAUGCCAAAGCUAUCAGCUUACUUGUAGUGCUUUAAAGCAACAAGAAGAAACAUUUUGACCGAAGGCGUGAAGAGGUUCAGAGGGGAACUCUUCCGCAAAGCUGUUAGUUCAGAAAUGACUCAUUUAGCUUGUUUUAGUCCAAGGAAUCAGUGACCUUUUCCACUAGAGUAUCAAGACUGUAACACUAGAGAAGUUUCCAGCCUGCCCUUUACUUGCCAAAUGGAAACCCUGUGGGCUGCUGGCCCAACAGGAGGCCAGGACUCUUCCCCAGCCACAUGGUCCGCAGUGGAGUGAAGGUCUGCUGGAGGAAGUGAAGUGAGGUGCCUCUUGUGCUCUGGCAUCACUGUCGCACGCCCUCGAGGCUGCUGCUCCCACUUUCCUGCUCUGCGCUGAGUGUUCUUCACAGGAAGCAGACAGUUGCUCCUGGGUGGAGCUGCCACUGUGUCCAGUUGUCCUAGUCUGUUGUAGGCUUUUAGCUAGAAUCUUUCUAGAACUGUACAUCCAUGAGUUCUGAGAGUCUGAGAAAAGCAGGAGGUUAUAACAUAGGAGGUGAAGUUCCCGGUGACCCCUGGCCCUCCCUGGCUUGGUGCUAAACUUUACUUGGAGAAGUAUCUUUUAUAUACAUCGUUCUUUCGGCAUGGACUCCCUCCUCAACAGCAGUGGCGCCUGAAGAGCUGCUCGGAAAUUUGUGCUGUGUUGUCCUGCAGAUAGUGAGUGAGACAUAGGAAGGCCCUGAGAGGAGCUGGAUUCAGCGCUAAGCCCUUCUGGCCACACAGCUCUUGGCCACAUUUGUACCUAAGCUCUUCUACCACCUAACCUUUUAAAACUCCUUUCAGAAAAUUUUGAUUCCUCUUACAGGAAGGGGAAUGCAAGCCGAACUUUAAAUAAAUCUUGUUCAUUAGUAACAAAGUUAUACUAGGGGAAAAAAAAAAAAAAACAAAAAACUCCAUGUAUUGUAAAUGUGGACUGUGUUGUUUUCUUUAAAAAUUAUCUUAAGGAAUGUUCAUUGCAAUACUGGCGACCAAGUCCAGAUGUGAUUUUUAACCACAGAUGAAUUCCUGAGAAAUGUUGAAAUUGUACGCCUCCCAUUGGCUGGGAGUCUCUUACCCUUUGUAACUAUGCUUAGUGUGCCUGGCCUGGUGCUAGGCCGCAGUAAACACGCCGUGAUUGGUUAGACAAUAAAGAACUUAUUUGGGAAGUAGGA